AUGACUCCCGAAGAAUCCGAUCAUGUGGAAGAAUUGUGGGAUGAAUUGCUUCGACAAAUCACGCCUACCUACAAUAACCUGGAAAGUUCUACGAUGAGCCUCCCAUCAUCAUCAUCAGCUUUGAACUCCUUAAAUUAUCAUCAUCAUCGAAUGGAUCAACGACAAUUCCAAACCUCAUUCCUACAAGGGCAGCCACAAAUUCUCGUGCCUGCAAAUGAUUCUGCAGCACAAUCUUAUUGUCAUGACAGAGAUGAUGAAUGGUUCGAAAGACUCUCCCGCAACACUCUGGAUGUGAUCGAGUCUCUAACCAAAUCAUCAUCGCCAAUCACAUCCUCUGUGAUGAAUUCUCCCUCCACUUCUUUAAUGUUUCAAACCAACUUCUCUUCAUCAACGACACCACAAACAUCAUCCAAUUUUGGAAAUUCUCCAGCAUCAGGUUUCAACUCUCUCGAUGUUGGUGGAUGCCUUAAUUGCAGCAGCACCUCUCCUAGCUCAGUUCUCACUUCCUCUCCAGCAUCUCUCUUGUCGAUAUCCUCUAGGCAGAUGGCGAAUCAAGGAGCACCUACCAUUUCAUUAACAAUUUCAGAACGCAACUCUCAUGCAAGUGACCCCUCAAAGUGUUCCCCUCAUAGCUUCAACUUUUCAUCCUUUUCGACACUAAAUCUGAACUUGAAUUUUACAGAAUCAGAGUUGAUACUUUUGGAUCUGUACACCUCCUCUUCAGCCACCAUGUCAACCACGAACACACUCUCUGCAUCCUCUCCACGGAUCCAAAAAAGCGAUUCAUCAACAACAGUUCCACUCCUAGAUUUACAUCUCUCCACUCAGACACCUUCUCUGGACAACUCGAACUUUUCUGCAUUGAAUAACAAUUCUUCAAGGAUGAACUCAAAUACUCCCUCGAAUUCAUACAGCCUUUCUGUUCAACAACCAGCAAACUCUAAUCCAAUUCUGAACGAACUAAUGACGCUCAACUUUGCCACUAAAACAUGA